AUGGAAUUAAAUGUCGGUUCUGGUGUCACAAAUGCCAAUGCCAAUAUCAGUAGUAAAGCGAAUUCGGAUUCUGAACGGAGGGGUAACCAUAAAUUAGCAAAACGUAUAGUUACGGCCAGAAAACACUUUCAAACGCAAUACGAGGAUAAUGAGAAAGAACCUUGUAAUCAAAGAAAUGAAAUAAUAAUAGAAGAUGGUAUAAACAAAUGUAAGAAUUGUGCAAAUUGUGAUAAAAACGAUUCUGAAGUGAAACCGAAAGUUACAGUGGAAAUAUCUAAGUUCCACGAUGUAUCAGAGACUAUAACUUGA